GUUUUCCAGAUCAUGUACUAAUCACCAACGGAACUUGGUCAAUCACUUCUCCAUCUUCUCACCUUUUUCUUUACCCCUCCAAUCUCCUCCACCAAGCUCACCUUUCUCCAUCUCAUCAUCUCAGAUCCUGUUGCACACAUAGAAAUACUUUUCUCCCGUAGACCAUAUCCCAAUAUCCCAUAGCAUUGCAUCACCUCCACUCCCAGUCCAUCUUCCUCGUUCUUUCACCUGCUCGUAUCUCUCAGUCGCCGUCCCUAUUCGGUCGGUAGCCUCGGCUUACCGUUACCGGCCGGCGGCACAGAAAUACAGCAGCCAGUUUCGCUCGCAGCCGUGGACCGCGACGAUCGACGACCGUCCCGGUCCGUUCAACUUCAGCCCGCGGCGUCGUGCCUUUUUCCCGCGGCAUUUCUUGUUGGAGUGGUUGAGCCGGAGCCCCCGGCGAUGGUGACGACCGGCGGCGUGGCGUGGCGCCAUGAAAAACUAAUCUUUAUGCUCCCGUGCCGCGCCUGAGGCCUGACAACCCAACCAGAUUUUAGGUAGUUACCCCUGUCGCUUGCUGCCACUCUCGCCCCAUAUCUUCCGCUUAAAUUGCCAGCAUACAUUUGCCGCUCUGGUUUCUAGCGCCUGUACUGUAUCUUCCCCGCCCCAUCCCCCCUUUCGGUUCGAGGUAGAUCAUCGGCCUGUAAAGCGGGCGCGGCGCGGCUUCGGGGCGAGUUUCUCGUUUAACGGAACUCGCUUUCCGGGAGGCCGCCCGACGACAGCCGCGCCAUUUUUCUAUUCGAGCGGAGAGGUUCCGGGUCGCACACGCGCGCUGCAUUGGCUGCGGUAAGCGGGCUUCGUGUCCGCCUACGGCGGAGGUCCACGGCGGUUAGUGGUUGAGCUAACUGCGUCGGCGCGUGCUGCCAUGAGCAUCAAAUCGAUCGUCCUGCGAGCAAGUGCGAUUGAUUCCUACUGAUUCUCGAGCUUCCCGGAGCUAGCUGCCGCUGGCCGAUUGUGGGAGGAAGAUGGCUGGGGAUGGCGUCGGGCGAUGCAUCCUGGUGGGGCUGCACAUGGACGCCGCCGGCAAGGACGUGCUCCAGUGGGCGCUCAACCAGGCGGCGAGGAGCGGCGACCGCGUCGUCGCCGUCCACAUUUACCGCAAAUCCGACCUGUGCAAGACGAACGCGCUGACGCUGAUCAGGACGCUGGACGAGUACCUGGCGGAGUACGAGGCCAUCUGCAGCGAGAAAGACAUCGUCCUCGUCGGCCGGGUGACGCCGGGGAGCUCGAUUCAGAAGGUGCUGGUGAAGGAGGCCAAGCUCUGCGCCGCCAUGGUCGUCGUCAUCGGCGCCAACAAGAAGUACUCCUUCGGGGGCUCGACCUGCCUCGCCAAGUACUGCGCCAGGAAGCUGCCGCCGACGACCAGCGUCGUCGCCAUCCAGAGCGGCAAGGCCAUCUUCGUCAGGGAGGCCCCCAAGCCCCCACUAGGGGCAGAGCCGAAGCCGCUGCUGCGCACGCUGCUGCACCCGAGCGUGGGCAUGGAGCCCAAGGUGAUCAUCCCGAACCCGAACCGGAGCGCGCGGUCCGUGGACUUCGACGCGCUGAGCUGCGGCCACUGCGCCGCACCGUCGCCGGCGAAGCCCUGCGACGACAAGGCCGCCGCUGUGGUCGAGCAGAGGCUCGGGUGGCCGCUGCUCCGGCGCACGGCCAGCGGCGUGGCGCUGCCGAAGCAGGGGGAGCAGGAGUCGCGCAAGCAGUCGGUGGUGCACUGGGUGAUGAGCCUGCCGCGUCGGCCCUCCCCGUCGGCGUCCCCCGAACCGCCGCUGGAGGGCCUCGCGGCCGACCUGAGGCGGCUGCUCGCCGGCGUGCCCUCCCGGUGCCGGUGGUUCCGGUACGAGGAGCUCUACGACUCCACCAACCACUUCUCCCCAGAGAAUCUGGUGGGGAAGGGGGCGCACAGCCGGGUGUACCGGGGCAGCCUGGCGAGCGGGCAGCAGGUGGCCAUCAAACUGUGCAGGGCGUCGGCGGAGGCGUCCAAGGACUUCCUCCGGGAGGUGGACAUCAUCACCAAGCUGCGGCACGACAGGAUCGUGCCGCUCCUCGGCGUCUGCGUCCAAGGCCGCAACCUCGUCUCCGUCUACAGGUACCUCCCGAGAGGCAGCCUCGAAGACAACCUGCACGGGAAGAAGUCGAAGUCGAAGCCGACGCUGCCGUGGGAGAAGAGGUACAGGGCGGCGGUCGGGGUCGCCGAGGCGCUGAGCUACGUCCACUCCGGCAGCUCGCGGCCGGUGAUCCACCGAGACGUCAAGUCCUCCAACAUCCUGCUCACGGACGAGUUCGAGCCUCAGCUGUCUGAUUUCGGGCUCGCGAUCUGGGCGCCGUCCGGCCCGUCCUCGCUCACGCACAGCGACGUCGUCGGCACGUUCGGGUACCUUGCGCCGGAGUACUUCAUGUACGGCAAGGUGACGGACAAGGUGGACGUGUACGCGUUCGGCGUGGUGCUCCUGGAGCUCCUCACCGGGAGGAAGCCCAUCAGCGGCGACGGCUCACCAAAGGGACACCAAAGUCUCGUCAUGUGGGCGACGCCGAUCCUCAACGGCGGCGACAUCUCCGACCUGCUGGACCCGAGCCUGGACGUGAAGCACGACGAGGCGGAGGUCAGGCGCAUGGCCCUUGCGGCGUCGCUCUGCCUCGGGAGAUCGGCGCGCCUCAGGCCACGGAUAUCGCAGGUACUGAGCAUGCUCCGAGGCGAGGAGGACACGGCGACCAUCGCUGCCGCGGAGCCGGACUGCGUGGUGGACGACGAGACCUACCCGGCGGCGAACGUGACGUCGCACCUAGGCCUUGCGCUGCUGGACGUGGAGGACGCAGAGUCCAUCUCCAGCACCGAGCACAGCAACCUCAGCCCGCUCGAGGAGUACCUGCGAGAACGCUGCAGCCGAUCCUCCAGUUUCGAUUAACUUCUCUUUUGUUUUUCUUUUUUUGGGAUGAGUUGGGUUGUCAUUUGUUUGGUUGAUAAUAUACGAACUCAUGUACAUAAAAAAAGUAUCACACCGGUGCCACCAAGAAGCUUCCACCACAAAGAAGCUUCUCAUUGUCCUCAACAAGAUAGUUGAUAGUACAUUGCCAGGGAUCCAGGUAAACAACUGCUUGGUGCAGAGCUUCAGUUAAAGAAAAGUGUGCCUGAUGCUGUAAUUCAGUCGAAAGUUUCGAUUCUUGUUCUUGGAAUUGGCUAUAACAUUACAUUUUCAGGCUAGAAUUAUCUGAAUAAUGAGAAUUAUUUCAGAGUAA